CAAAAUGGCGGACCGACAAGGUUCUGAUUCAUCACAAAAACAUACGCCAUUGCACGGGAUAUCUCUGGCUAACUUUGGUGGGAAUUUGAACUUUGGACCGACUCUUGUGCCAGCGUCCGAUUCUUCCCCAAUUUCGUUAAGAAAUCAAACUACUGCUGCACCGACCACCAGUAGAGCAACACCUGCCCUGGAACAUGUAGGUGAAGAAGACAGUUUUCUUGGUCAGCAGCCAUUGACUCAACAGCAGGCUCCAGCCCCUUUUCAGUCUCCAGCAUCACAGGUAAAGACCCAAACAUCACCAUUCUUUACUAUGGCAUCUUCCUCCUCAUCUGGUCCUGAUGACUUUCUCUCACCACAAACAUCAACUCAUGGUACAGCUGAAACUUUUUCCAGUCCUCAACUUCCUGUUAGCAAAUCACCAUACCAGACUUCACCAGCUGUGGGGCCUGGGUCCCAGACCCCACCAAAAGCAGUUUCUACUCUUCCUCAGUCCUCACCUGGGAUGACAGCUAGUUGGGCCCAGUCUCAAUCUCCACCCACAACCAGUAAUUUGCCUCAAACUCCACCUUUUCCUUCUGGCAGUCUGCCCCAAUCUCAAUCAUCUACUGCUGGACCCCAGACUCUACCAACUGCUGCAGGUCUGUACUAUUCCUCAUCCCCAUCUUCUGUGCCUUACCCCUCACCUCAACCUUCAUAUCAGUACAGCAGUUCCAUGUCUCCUCGGCAAGUGCAAAGUGGAAUUACACCCAGUGUAACAACACCCGCUACAGUUGAACCUGUCAAACCUCACUGGUUUUAUCAGAAAGGAAAUUCUUCCUGGAGACCAUUCUCAUACAUAGAUUCUGAGAACUUAGAGCAGGCAUAUAAAACUUCUUCAGCUAGUGGUGACCGAUUCAUUGCCACUGAUGGUGGUCGAUAUGAUGUGAACCUUGACAAAAGGCUGCGGUACCCUCUCUACUGGGAGGAAGAUGUGUCUGUUGUAAGAAGAUGCAGCUGGUUUCACAAAGGAGAUGGAGAGUCCAAACUUGUGCCUUACAAAGAGGAUACAGCAGCUAGGCUUGAGGCUGAGUUUCUUUUGGGAUUUCGUGAGGCUAAAUGGCCAUGUAGAGUGGAAUUAUCAGAUGGAGAGCAUGUUGUGAUGCAUAAUGCAAAUGUUAUGGUACAUUUUGUACCAAAUAAUGAGUCCCAGAACUGGAGUGGGGAGGACAUCAUAGCCAGGCCAAAGGUGGUUAGACGAGGGGUGACAGAUAUUGAGGAUGAAAUCAGUGAUGGUGAACCUGCUCAAAUUGACCAUCUGAUAUUUGUUGUCCAUGGUAUUGGGCCCAUUGCUGAUCUGAACUUUAGGAAUAUUAUUGAAUGUGUUGAUGAUCUGCGCAGAGUCAGUCUUCAAAUGCUAUUUGAUCAUCAUGAAGAGUUGUCCAGAGGCUGCACCAUUGGAAGGGUAGAGUUUCUUCCUGUUCAGUGGCACUCAAAACUUCACAAUGAUUCUACUGGUGUAGAUGAAAGACUUCAGUCCAUAUCCUUAGGCAGCAUACGUCGCCUCAGAGAGUUUACAAACUCCACCCUUGUUGACAUUCUUUUUUACACAAGCCCUACAUAUUGUCAAAACAUCGUUAACACAGUAGGUGACGACAUCAAGCGAUUGUUGGAAAUCUUCAAGAAAAGGAAUCCAAUGUUUAAUGGAAAAUAUUCAGUCUGUGGACACAGUUUAGGUUCAAGUAUUCUGUUUGAUAUUCUUCAACAUCAGAAAGACCAGCACAAGCAAAUGCCCUUACCAAAGCAACCUUUGAUUGAAGAAGCAAGUGAGAUUUUAAGCACAGAUGGCCUCGCAACCGAUAGUAACGACCAAGGACAAGAUUCAGAUGAGCAUUCAGGUGAUGAAGAAGCUGAGUCGUACCCAGCUCUGAGAGAUGCGCUAGCACAGCUCGGUCUACCUGAAUACAUCGACUUGUUUGAGUCUGAAGAGAUGGACAUGGAGACAUUUUUACUGUGCGGCGAGGAAGACAUCAAGGAAAUGGGAAUACCCAUGGGACCCAGAAAGAAAUUGAUGGGCUUCCUAAGAAAUCAGAAAUCGAUUAUGGAAAAAAGAAAACUCGAGAGAGAAGAGAAUAAAAAAGCAAGAGCAGAAGCGAGAGCGAAAACAAAAUCCGAACGUAAAAAGUUAAAAGAAUCUACCAAGGAGAAGGCAAGUUCCGUGGUGGACAUGACGCCAUCCACUGUUUUGGCCCGAGCAGACUUAGCAACAAGCAAGUCUCUAUCUGUUGCUUCUGUGUCGAGUGUGGAAGUUGUUUAUCAACAAGGACUCGCGGGAACUGGACAGCCUUUCGUAGAAUACCCGCAACUGGAUUUGAAAUUUUACGCAUUGUUCGCUCUGGGCUCUCCCAUCGGAAUGUUUUUGACCGUGAGAGGUGUGGAUGAAAUCGGACAGGACUUUCAGCUGCCCACAUGUCCACGUCUCUUUAACAUCUUUCAUCCGUUUGAUCCUGUGGCAUACCGAAUCGAACCGUUAGUGAAUCCUUCUGUUCGAGCCAACCCUGUAUUGAUGCCACACCACAAGGGAAGGAAACGAAUGCAUCUUGAACUCCGUGAGAAUCUUUCAAGACUGGGCGCUAAUCUGAAGCAGAGCCUCAUUGAUUCUGCGCGUAAAACGUGGGAAUCACUCAAUGAAUUUGCACGAGCUCAUUCAACUCAAGGACCUAACGAACAGGAUUCUAAUGUAGAGGAAGCUACUGAAGUCACAGAGUGUCUCUCCGAUCACCCAGCACAAAUGGUCGAAGUAGGACGACUAAACGGUGGUCAGCGGAUAGACUACGUACUUCAAGAGAAACCAAUAGAAAGUUUGAAUGAAUAUCUGUUCGCACUUAGCAGUCACGUGUGUUACUGGGUUUCAGAGGAUACUGCUCUUUUUAUGUUGAAAGAAAUCUAUAGAAAUUAAGAACAAGAUGACAUUUAGCUCAUGGAGAAUAACAGUUCUCGUUGUGUCAACGCUGCUGCUGAACGAGGAAUGAUUCUGGACGCGCUUAAAGUUACCAAACAAUUCACCAAAAACCUUACCAUGAUUGUGGAAUUCAACAGCGCAUCCAAUGCCAGUAAAACUCUAUUGAUUUCAAAUUUGACCUUUAACGUUGGUGUAUUCUUCCGCCAAGAUACUUACGGGCGUAAAACACGGACAUUUAAUAUGAACAGUCAUAUUAUUGAACCCAUGGAUAUCUAAGAAACAUUUACGGUGGUCUAAUUGUUUAAACUAAAAACGUAUGCAAGAGCAAAGGAGAAUGCUACUCAUGGGGACCCCCCCCUCCCCCGUUCGUUUUAUCUGUAGUCUAGUUUCCAGCAAAAAUGGAAGUACGUUAGGGGGAUUUUCACCCGAACAAAAAUUUAUGGGACUUAAAAUGAAAUUUCUUUCAAAUUAUUUUCGGAAAAUUUCGGUGAUCCUAAGCGAUUAAAUUCAGGAAAAGUUGGUUAUUUGAAGUUAUAUGAUAAGCUGAAUUAUACACGUCUUUUGAUUGGUUCUUACUCACGAUCUAUUUGAGUGCAGACGCAUAAAUGAUGUCACCAUAAUUAUUGGCACACUGGGUUGUACAUCGUGCCACUCUUUUGUUGUUACCAUAUUCUGACGUCAUCUGCGUUAUGUUACUGAACAGACCCUCGGUGACAUGGAAUCUUUUUCGAAUAGCCUGUGUUCUAUCCCCCAGACCUCAGUUGUUUGAGUAGAGAGGCUGAUUCCCUGGCUGUUGUGUAAGGACUUAUUUUUGUAAUCAGUUAAUGAGGAAGCUUUUUUGCUCUGGACUCUCAUCUGCCGAAGUAACAUGGGAGCUUCCAGGUCUCCGUGGUUUCAUUUUUAAAUCCCUACUUGUCAAAUUGCGGAAUUUUUUUUUUUUUUUUUUUUGUAAUGACUAUAAAAUGACAAAAUAAUUUUAGAAAUUUCCAUGUUACUUCUCUUUGAUGAAUCAACUUCGAUCACACGGUGUAAUUUACGUGUAACAGUAGCUGUAGCCCCCUAGCCCUCUAACGCCCGAGAACUGAUUGUAAAUUCUCCCCUCUAACUGCUACACAUUUCCUUGUAAAUUAGUUAGGAGAAUUUGGUGUUAGAACAAAAUAACACACUGUACCGGAUAAUUUUUACUGCUUAUUUGUUGGAUGAUAUAUGUAUAUGUAGGGAGAAGUGAAAUGUUAACCACCUUAGGGAGAUAUAGAGGAUAUUAAAUGGCCGCGCAGUCAUACGAAAUUUCUCUUCGAGUGCUUGAUAUCAUUUUUACGAGGUAGCGGAGCGAACGAGCGGAAUACUUUUCAACACGAGAAAUUUCUUACCUCCAAGCGGCCAUGUAAUAUUCUAUUAUGUAAACAUCGAUGAAACACCAACCAUUUCACUUUCGCUGACGAAGGCGCGGUUUAUUAUGUAAUCAUAAUAACGGUGUUAUUCUCACGUGUGAAGAUAUCACGUUUUCGCGCGAAACCUUACCCAUUUUUCAUAGAUGGUUAUACAAGAAGAAGGGUAAUUGGUCCACCAACUUUCUAUUUCCGUUCGUAUUUUGUUGAUAAAGAGGAACUGAAAAAGUAGUUUUACGCGGAAAAGUGAACGUUUUCUUGAGCCGCAAUUCGGCCGGACUCCACCGAGCGAGAAAUGUUAAGCUCCUUAAUAUUUUAAAAGCAAGCUAAAAAGUGAAAUGGGAAAUUAUUUUUCUCCCGUUCGCAUUCGAUAUCGAAAAUUAAAUGCUGAAGUCCAGCUUGUGAUU